UCUCCAACCCCCGAGCCGGUGACCGCGGCGGCAUAGGCCGCGGCCAGAUGUGGGGCGGGAGAACUGGCGCCUUGCUCCGGGUGCGGGGCCUGUGGCCGCCAGGGGUCCUCGGAAGGAGACCGCUAAGCUGCAGUGCUGCGUCUCUGGCGGGAAACAGUUCCCCCCAGUGUUGGAACUGCGGUGGCCCAGGGAGCCCCAUGCGUGGUGAUGGGUUCUUCUGUCCACAGUGCCGCGCCCUGCAGCCACCUGACCCCACUCGAGAUUACUUCAGCCUCCUGGACUGCAACCGUGCCUUCAGAGUUGACACAGCAAAGCUCCAGACUAGGUACCAGGAACUACAGCGUCUUGUCCACCCUGAUUUCUUCAGCCAGAGGUCUCAGACUGAAAAGGACUUCUCAGAGAAGCAUUCAACCCUGGUGAAUGAUGCCUAUAAGACCCUUCUGGCUCCCCUGAGCAGGGGACUAUACCUUCUAAAGCUCCAUGGAGUAGAGAUUCCUGAAGGGACAGAUUAUGAAAUGGACAGGCAGUUCCUCAUGGAAAUAAUGGAAAUCAAUGAAAAACUUGCAGAAGCUCAAAGUGAAGCUGCCAUGAAAGAGAUUGAAUCUAUUGUCCGAGCUAAACAGAAAGAACUGACUGACAAUGUGAGCAGAGCUUUUGAACAAGGACGAGCUGAACCAUCUGUUGAGACUUGGUAGAAGAGGAUAUUUGGUGGAUGACGUGAGCAAUCAGGCAUUUAAUGAGGAGCAUCUCUAUGGAAACAAAAAGAAAACAAAGGCUAAUGGUGGGAACAGACUAUAAACCCAGUUACUGAGUCCAGAGGGCAGGCAGUCACUUGAGAAGACACUGACCCCUUAAGCAUCUUUACAUGGUGGUGUGAGGACAGCAGUGGCAAUCUGAUAGAUUUCUUGUUUUAUAGUCUGAAUGUUGGUAGUGACGGCAUAGACGUCAAUGUCACAGCCAUGGCUAUUUCUGAGAGCAGAGUAUGGAAGACACAGGUGUUCUGGUGGCUUUUGGGGUAACCCAAGUGGCAGCAAGUCCAGGCACAAAGGUUGCCAACACGUGAUUUGUAGUGAUGAGUUCUUUGAUGCUUAUAUCAAAUUGUCUGGGCUUAGCUUACAAGGUGUUUUCAGAUCCCAGAGGAAAGGGCGACCACAAGAGAACCUGAGUCCCAAAAAGGAUUAGGUUUUAGAUCUCAGUGAUCAUACCAUUCUUUCUCAGGAGAGGAGGAAAAUGGGAAACAGCACUUUGGAGAGUUGUAGCCAGAUACUGAAGGAAACUAGGAGAAGUAAGAAUUUGCUGAAGGCUGACAAAAUGUCUAAGAUGGAAGGAUCGAGCUUGGUUUAUAGGAAGAUAAUAAAACCUCAAGACUAGAUUCUGGGUGUGGUAUACUUUUCCACUGUCAUAAAAUUUCUAUCAAAGGUAAUCAAGGUAAGAACAGUUUUGUGAACAAAAUACCUUUAGUUGCAUUAAAGUUGGCCUAAUUAUUUACAUGAAUGCAACAAGAAGAGUAAUCAACAAUACAGACCU